GUCUCCUCCCUUCCUGUUGUUAGCGCUUAAUGCUAACUGUCACCACAGCCCACAACCCCCGAAACCCUGAAAAUAAACGGUUUGCAUGCAAACACACAAACACUGCGUGGAUGUACGGACGCGGCGACGUCAGCUGAAGCAAACGUCGUGAUAUCUUAUGCACCAUGAAUGAGGGAUCAUCCUGUAAAUGUUGGGGUCGAGCUGUCCCCUGUUACUGUGGAACCACAUCUGAUCCAUUACAUAAGUCUGCUCAUGAACACAACAGUCCUCCCAGGAAUGUCCCCUGCAUUGAUCAAAACCAACACAAAUAUGACGAUGCUGCUCUUUGCAGGAGUGGAAAGGACUCUGCUCGUAAUCCUGUGCACAGAGAUCAGAGCACAACUGAAACUAAUUGUGAAAUAGUUUCACUAAGAAGAGAUUCUGACGAUAAAAAGACUGGAGAGUCUGCAGUUGACAUGAUAGAAGUCACAGUUUGGUCUGGUGACGAGGAGGAGUCCACUGCAGCAGAAAACCCCCAGACGAUUGUUAGAGACGAGAAAAAGCAUUUCAGUCAAAUUUGCAAAAAACUAUUAAAAACUCGAAAUCAUCGGUGUCAAAACACAAAGAAACAUCACAGAGGAGUCAAACCGUACAAAUGUUUCUACUGUCAGAAACGGUUCACCUGCCAAACCACUCUGGUCAUUCAUCUGCGGAGCCACUCUAGAGGGAAGUCAUUCUUCUGCCCUGUGUGUGGUUUGAAGUUUUCUCUGAUGAGACACAUCAAGUCUCAUUUGAAAACACAUGCGGAAUAUACCAUGGUCAUGUCAAAGGAGCAAGAGCAAGCAGAGACAGUUGUUAGUUUGGUCCUCUCAGAUGAAGAGUGCGAAUGGGAUCCAGGCAACUCUGCCUCACAAAGCAAACCUGGGAUUUACCGUUCUGUGAACACAGCACCCUGGAGUCGUCAGAAGGACCUGGAGGCCAAGGAGCUCUUAAAGUGCCCAGAAUGUAGCAAGGAGUUCCAAAGCUCAAACGCCAGAGACCACCACCUUAAACAGAAACAUGGCAAACACCCAUUUCACAAGUGCUACCACUGUGGACAGACGUAUAGAACCCACCGAAGCUUGACAGUUCACCAGAGGAUAUACCAUCCACAGCCUACAGUGACUGUGAAAUAUGAAGAAGAGCACAGAGCUCCAAAGACAUAUGUGGGUUCAACAUGUGGAAAGCAGUUCCCUGCCAACGCUUCACUGAAAAAGCACCUGUGUGGAAAAGGUUUCACACAGAUUGGAAACCUGAAGACGCACCAGAAGGUUCAUAAAGGGGAAUUUAACAAGAUGCUAGAGUCACAGAACAGUUCCCCUCAACCUGAAGAGUCAUCGAUGGAAAUCUACGUAUGUCAUUUGUGUUGGACUCAAUUUUCAGAUGAACAGCAUUUAGAGGAACAUUUAAAACAAGUCCACAAAUCAAAGAAGCCUUCUUCCUGCACACAGUGUGACAAGACGUUUGUGCACAUCCAGAAAUUGAAAGAACAUGAGGCUGCACACAAGGGUUUGAAGCCGCACCAGUGUCCCCAGUGUGAUAAAGGUUUCCAGACCUUAAAGGCACUAGAGAACCACAAGCAGGAUCACACAGAAGAGAAACCAUUCCAGUGCAUUAUAUGUGGUAAAAGGUUCAAACGGAGACCUACUCUGAGAGCUCAUUAUGCGAUGCAUUCUGGAGAAAAGCCCCAUCUGUGCUUUCUCUGUGGUAAAUGCUACGCCCGGGCUGAAGAUUUCAAAGUGCACCUCAGAGUUCACUCAGGAGAGAAACCUUACCAGUGUGAGGAGUGUGGGAAGAGUUUCUACUACAGGCAGGGCUUCAGCACACACAAGCAAAGUCAUAAUGCCAAACCCACGAGACCUGCUCUGCAGCUCGGCAGACCCAGAAAGUCAAACAGGCCCCAGAAGAUCUCGCAAAGCCCUCUGUCUGAUUCAGAUGGAGAGGACCCGACCUGGAAGCCUCCUGACCAGGGAAACAGGCGUCAUCAUCAGCUCAAGGACCAAGACAAUUCCACUGUAGAGGACGACAACCAGACAUCCACAUGGAAAUUUGGUCAUCAUAAAUCGAUGAGUUUGUGGGACCAAAACCCAAAUGCCUCUGACGUGGGGACAGCGGAGGCCCAGGAGGACGGAGAGAGCGUUGGUUACAGUGCCCUCUUCAGGGACACGGUAGAUCAGGAGCACUUUGAGGAGAGCUGUGCAGCAGAGCAAUGCUCCUGGACUGAGUCUGACACGUCUUCUUCACCGCCACCAUCAGAGGUCAGUGUCAGAUUGAAGAGGAAGAGGACUGCACAGGUCACUCUGAAAAAAGAGACACCUGAAGCACAGGGCCACAUCCCCAGCCUCAUACGUGAAGAAAAAACUCAAAUAAAGCCCAAAUCUGAGGAUGAAGAGACCUCCCUGAAACAGCCUCAGACAAAGCUGUCUGUGGCACCAAGCAGACCGAAGAAGAAAUACGAGUGUCCGACCUGUGGAAGAGUCUUCUCUGUCAACACUGGUCUACGACGGCACCUUGUGAUUCACACGGGGAAAAGACCGUACAAGUGCUUCAUAUGUGGAAGAGGAUUCACCCAGAGUGGAAACCUGAAAACACACAUGAAAGUCCACAAAGGAGAGCUGCCAAACUGGACAUUACUUCAAGAGACGCGUCCCCCUGAUGAACCCCCUGUGACUGUGCAUGUGUGUGGAGAGUGUGGAAUGGACUUCCCACAGAAAGAACAGCUGGACGAACACAAAGAGAGCCACAAAAAGCCUUACGCGUGUCUCGAGUGCGACAAGACAUUCAAAAGCGAAUAUUAUUUUAAAAUACAUCAGCGCAUUCACUCUGGGGAUUCACCAUAUAUCUGUUCAGAGUGUGGAAAGAGCUUCGUCACGGGAAAUGCACUGAAAAAACACGAGCUAACGCAUACCGGAGAGAGGAAUUUCCACUGUAAUCAGUGUGGGAAGGCAUUUUCACAAUCCUCCCACCUCAAGGUGCACCUGAAAACUCACACAGGAGAGCGUCCUCACCUCUGCUCCAUCUGUGGUAAAAGCUACUCCCGAGCAUUUACCCUGAAGGUUCACCUGCGAGUUCACACGGGAGAAAACCCCUACACCUGCGAGAAAUGUGGCAAGCGUUUCUAUUACACUCAAGGUUAUCAGCAGCACCUGAAGGUUCACAACAAGAAGCCAAAACCGCCAAGUAAACCUCUGGGGAGACCAAAACAGUAGCGGAUUGUGGCAAAUAAUAAACAAUGUCAGUAAUCUGAGUGGACAUACAUGGGAAAAGUAAACAUAUUACUGGUUAUACUUUAGAAAAUUCACAUUAGUGAUGUUACUGGUUAAAACAUGGUAUUACUCAUAUAUUACUACAGUCUGUGGCGUAUGCUACCUGUCAAAUUAUACAGUUAAAGCAAAUAAAUAUAUUGUGAGUCA